CAUUACCUCCAUACCACCACAAUGCAAGAAAUAAAAAUGAAGCUUCAUAUUUUUUCUAUGUUUUCGGACACUCCUAAUUCAUCUCAAUUGGGGAUUUAGGGUUUCAUGACGCAAAAUAUCUACAGCGAAAAGAAUCAAUAGCAAUGUCAGGAAGAAGGUUUUUCUCAUUCCUGAAGCGCAUGCCUUCGACAAAGAGCAAGAUAGAGGAAAGUAAGGCCAAAAUAUGGGGGCGAAGGGUGGUAUCGGGGACAUUGAUUUGUGUGACAGGAGGUGUUGCUCUUAGUGCACUUCAGGAUCUUUCAAUUUAUCACAGUUGUAGCAGCAAGGCCUUAGAGAAAGCUAGUAAGAACAAGGCCAUAAUAGAGUCUAUUGGAGUUCCCAUUGUCAGAGGACCAUGGUAUAAUGCAUCUUUGGGAGUGUCUCACCUAAGGCAUUCUGUAUCCUGCUCAUUUCCCGUUUCGGGUCCACAAGGGUCUGGGAUCAUUCAGUUAAAGGCGGUUUGUAAUGGAGAUGAUACAUGGAUUUCAUUUUUCUGGCCUCGUAAUUGGGAAAUCCUCAUUAUGGAAGCUCUCGUCCAUGUCCCUGGAAAGGAAGAGAAGCAGCAAACGUUUCGAAUAACUGUUUCGGAUGAUGUGCCCCCUCCAACAGCUUGCAUUGCAUGCACUGGUUUAGCGUCCAAAAAAACCGAUAGUUUGGAUAAGAAGUAGCUUUGAGCAUCCGUCUUGCAAUUGCCAUUUUUGGCCGUUUCACCUCCACGAGGUUUGAUUCCAUUGAGAAGUAUAGUGAAUAUUAGGGGUACAAAACAAAUUUCUUUUUUCUUUUUAAAUAAAAUUUUGUGACAUCCCUUAACAGAUGUAAUUUACAUUCUUGCAAUUGACAGUUUGGUUGAAGAAAUAUGCUUUUACUCAUCAUUUCUUGCAUAUAUGAAUGAUGAAACUCCGUCUAUUGCUGGAAAAUAAUAACUUUUGGCAAAU